AUGGCGGCGGUGGCGAUUGCGGCGACGGUCGUUCAGUCGUACAGCGCUCAGGCGCCUCUCGUCUGUCGUCUGUUGUCACAUUUCGCACACGCGCGCGCCGCGCGACCCGCGUCGCUCCGCGAGGGCAUGAGCCUUCCGCGAUUCGAUCCCGCAGCCAAAAGCUGCUCGCUCGAACCGCGGCCGACUCUACCAUCGCGGCCGCAGCUGUUGAGCUCUCCAGAGGACUGGUGCCUCAUAUGCUGCCUCCCUGCGGAUGCUGCCGGCGAGCCUGGCGGCAUUCGUGGCAUCCUAUGGGUCGUCCAGAGUAUCGACCUCUGGCGAGUCAGCCAGCUCCACUUUGAGGGCGCCAUGAAGUACAGCGAUCGCCACCUCGCUGGCCUCUCCGCAAGGCCCCCCGACCGCGUCGAACUCAUCGGCGCGGGCUCUCUCGGCUACACGGGACCGGCCCCAGCUUCGGCUGAGGGCUGA